CUCCGUGUUGCUCUUUGGAGUGAACGCGCGCGAAGUCGCGACGACCACGGGCCUUAGGUGGAACGAUAGAAUGGGCGCCGCAGACGUUGCGGAACUUGCGGACGCUUAGUGGAACGCGGCCGUAGUCUCGUAGAUGAGGGUAGAUGUCAUAUCCUUGCAACUUUACAUUGACUUUACAAUUGUAACCUGUGUUUAUUUAUAGGUUACACUUUAGUAAUUAAAUUUUCAUCUAUAAUUACCCUUUAUAGGUAAUAGGAGUCUAACUGUUCUUAACUCAUAGAAUAUUUAUCGUGCAUGUCUUACCGCAUUUUUAUAAGAAAAAUGUCUAAUAAUGCAACAUUAAAACUAAUUAAUAAUGCUGAAAAGGCUGAAAAACGUCUAGCAGAAUUAAAAACUAAGCUAGAAGAAGUUAAGAAAUUUAAAGUUGAGGAAAAAAUUAAACAAUUGACACAAGAGAAUUUAUCUCUAUUGAGCCAAGUAGAAGACGCAAAGGCAGAGUUAAUACGAUUUGAAACAUUAAAUGGUAAAAAACAAUACCCAUUGCUUCACAAACAUAUUGCAUUAUCAGAGCAGCAAAGUAUUAAGGAUGAUAGCAAAGAAUCUGCUCCUAAAAAAGAGAAAAAAGAAAAAGAAGCUAAAAAGAACAAAGAAAAACCAGCACAAGCAGUUGCAAGCAAUGAAGUAACUAUUGAUGUUAGGAAAUUGGACUUUAGAAUUGGCAAAAUUUUAGAAAUAAACAAACAUCCAGAUGCAGAUUCACUUUAUGUAGAAAAGAUUGAUUGCGGUGAAGCAAACCCACGGACAGUAGUAUCUGGUCUUGUGAACCAUGUUCCAAUUGAUGAAAUGAGAGAAAGACUUGUAAUGGUACUGUGUAAUUUAAAACCAGUCAAGAUGCGUGGAGUUACCUCUGAAGCAAUGGUUAUGUGUGCUUCCUGUCCUGAAAAAGUUGAAGUUCUUAUACCACCUAAUGGAGCUACACCUGGUGAUCUAGUAUCAUGUGAAGGCUAUCCUCGAGAGCCAGAAGCGCAAUUGAACCCUAAAAAAAAGAUUUUUGAAACUUGUGCCCCUGAUCUCAAAACAGAUGAUCAAGGUGUUGCUUGUUAUAAUGGAAGUCCUCUAAUUAUACCUGGAAAAGGACCUGUAACAGCACCCACCCUAAAAGGUGUACAUGUUAAGUAACUGUGGGAUACUUACAAUUUAUUUAUUAAUGUAUGGUAUAUAGUCUUGCCCUAAAUAUUGUUACAAAGAAAAAAAUAUUUUUUCUAUAGUAUGUAACAUUUAUCACUAUUACAGUGUAUUAGAUUAAUAUAAAACCAUUAAAAAUAUAUAAAGUUUAUUAGUA